AUGUCUAGAUUUGAAGUAUAUUCACCAGAAGGUCUGAGGAUGGAUGGUCGUCGAUGGAACGAACUACGUAGGUUUGAAACAUCGAUAAAUACACAUUCUCAUGCUGCAGAUGGGUCCUCAUACUUGGAACAGGGUAAUAACAAAAUUAUCACAUUGGUGAAGGGCCCUACAGAACCUACUUUAAGAAGUCAAUUGGAUCAAACAAAAGCUACAUUACAAAUCAGCGUCAAUUUAACAAAAUUUUCUAAAUUCGAAAGAAGUAAAACUACAGGGAGUAACAAAACUGAAAGAAGAAUCCUAGAGAUACAGACUGCUCUAGUGAGAACAUUUGAGAAGAAUUUGAUGUUGAAUCUAUACCCACGUACCAUCAUCGAUAUAGAGAUACAUGUAUUACAACAGGACGGAGGUGUAUUAGGAUCCCUGAUCAAUGGUAUAACAAUGGCAUGUAUUGAUGCAGGUAUUGCCAUGUACGACUACGUUAGCGGUAUCUCCAUUGGAUUAUAUGACACUACACCAUUAUUGGAUGUCAAUUCGUUAGAAGAAGCAGCAAUGAGUUGCGUGACAUUGGGUGUAAUGGGGAAGAGUGAGAAAUUAUCAUUGUUACAAGUUGAGGAUAAAAUACCGUUAGAUAGAUUGGAGACUGUUCUGGCUAUUGGGAUUGCCGGUGCUCAUAGAAUUAGAGACCUGAUGGAUGAGUCUCUUAGAAACCAUGCUCAGAAGAGAAUAACAAAUGCCUCCAAACGUUAA